ACCGACACACACGGAUACCGGAUACCUUCGACGCGCUCGUGCUGCGGCGGAGCUCUGAUUGCGUCGUGGAACCGGCAGUGGCUGCUGCUGCUGCGCGCGACGGCUCCGGUUUGCGGGCUCGGGAAGACGCGUGCCAUGCGGAUGAUUCAGGACACCAGACGCAUCUGAAAAGCCCCUUACCGACUGUCCAUACCGAUGAGCUCUGCCAUGCGACGGCGAUGGUUUGUGGUGCUGCUGGUGCAGGCAUGGCUCUCUGCGAGUUUUUCUAAUGGUGAGAGGCCAUGCCCACGGAGCUGCCGCUGCGAUGGCAAGAUUGUUUACUGCGAAUCCAGUGCAUUCCGCGACGUGCCAAAAAACCUGUCUGGUGGCUGUCAGGGUUUGUCUCUGCGCUACAACAGCUUGGCAAGCUUGCGUGCCGGCCAGUUUGUUGGCCUCAACCAGCUCAUUUGGCUCUAUCUUGACCACAACUACAUUGCAACUGUGGAUGCUCGUGCCUUUCAAGGAAUAAGGAGGCUCAAAGAGCUCAUCCUGAGCUCCAACAAAAUCACACUUUUGCAUAAUACCACAUUCCACCUGGUACCAAAUCUGAGGAACCUUGACCUGUCCUACAACAAACUGCAGGCUCUGCAGCCAGGUCAGUUCCAAGGACUGCGCAAACUCAUCAGUUUGCACAUGCGCUCCAACUCCUUGAAGAAUCUACCAUCUCGCCUCUUUCAGGAUUGCCGCAAUCUUGAAUUCCUUGACCUUGGCUAUAACCGUCUGCGCAGCAUCACGCGUAAUGCGAUGUCAGGGCUUGUGAAGCUGACAGAACUUCAUCUCGAGCAUAAUCAGUUCUCUAAGAUCAACUUUUCCAACUUCCCCCGGCUUUAUAACCUCCGCGCUCUUUACCUACAGUGGAAUCGCAUCCGGACCAUGAGCGAGGGACUUACAUGGACCUGGAGUUCUCUACAGAAGUUGGACCUUUCAGGAAAUGACUUACAGGAGCUGGAGCCAGAGGUCUACAAAUGCAUGCCGAACUUGCAGACACUUAACGUGGAUUCCAACAAGCUGGUUAACGUCUCUCAGGAAGUUGUGUCGGCUUGGAUAUCCCUGAGCAUGAUCAGCCUCGCUGGAAACAUGUGGGACUGUGGACCUGCCGUCUGCCCCCUGGUAGCUUGGCUGAAAAACUUUCAAGGGAACAAGGAGACUCCCAUGAUUUGUGCCUCACCCAAAGAGGCUCAAGGCGAGAAAGUAUUGGAUGCUGUGGAGGCAAGUGGUGUGUGCAAAGUCAGUCAUGUUACUCCCUCAUUUGCUAGCUCUACAACUACCCUUUCUGGUGCCCCCGCUAUGAAUGGAACCCUUCCCUUUGUGCCCACUCUUCAUCCUGGUGGUAGCAGAAGGGGCCAAGGCACAUCCUUGCAACAUCCCACUCCUUCAAGACCACCACAAUCUGACAUCUCUCAACCCGAGCAAGAUUUUGAGCCAGUUUCCUUCCACAAGAUAGUGGCAGGGAGCGUCGCACUAUUUUUAUCUGUUGCAAUGAUUCUCCUUGUGAUUUACGUGUCAUGGAAGCGCUACCCUAGUAGUGUCAAGCAGCUGCAGGAAAACACUUCAGCUGCCCGCAAACGUCGGAAAAAGUCUAGGGAGACUGAACGUACGCUCAGCACCCCUUUGCAGGAGUACUACGUGGACUACAAACCUUCAAGCUCCGAGGCCACAGAUGUUCUGGUCAAUGGAACAGGGCCAUGCACAUACUCCAUAUCCGGUUCCAGAGAAUGUGAGGUUCCUCACCAGAUGAGUGCUCUGACCUUCUAUCGUUAUGAACAGCCCGUUCUGGAUUACUGCCAAGCCCAUCAGCCGAUGCGCCUCAACGUGAACUAUGAUUGCCCACCUCAGGGCCUCGAUGAUCUAACACCACGUGACAGGGGUACCAUUCAGACCGUGGCUCUGCCAGCUGUUCCACCAUCCAGCUCACCUCCUACCCUGAGAACACCGGUACAAGGCCCUGGUGUCUCUUACCCGGGCACAGAGCGCUCCGUAAAGUACCCGUCCAUCGAGCGGCCAACGGGCACCCUCACCUUUGGACGCUAA